AUGUGUCAGGAAAUUGCGGAAGCUUACCACCGAGUGAUCCCGAACAAUUAUCAAGUGUUGCACCGUCCCAAAGAGAACCUCGAAGAGGAUUUCUUCCUCUUAGGUUCGCCCGUCCAAAGACCAAAGGAUUACCUUGACAAUCGUCCUGAAUCUUGGAAUUUCUCCUUCUUUCGUGUGUUCGAGGAAACCACGACGCAGGAGGACGUGUUCGAGAACGUCGCGCGACCGGUAGUGGAAAGCGCCCUCGAUGGUUACAAUGGCACCAUUUUCGCCUACGGCCAGACGGCCAGCGGGAAAACGCACACGAUAACCGGGAAACUGGAAGACGAGUACCGCGGCAUCAUACCGAGAAGCUUGCAACACCUGUUCGACGCGAUACGAAAGCGGCCGGAAAACGUGUACUCCGUCGAGGUGGCUUAUCUGGAGAUAUACAACGAAACCGGCUACGACCUGUUGGAUCGGAGGCACCAACGAGAAUACGCCGCCACCAGAUUGGAAGAUUUACCGCGCGUCAGCCCUCAGGAAGAUGAAUUUGGGGUGCUUCAUUUGAAGAACUUGUCGUUUCACACUGUUCAAAGUGUGGAGGAGGCGUUCGAAUUACUUUUACUAGGCGACAACAAUCGAAUCAUUGCUGAGACACCGAUGAAUCCUCAGUCAUCAAGGUCGCACUGCAUCUUUACCAUCGUGAUAGCCACGAAGCAGUUCGGUGCUGAACAGUACAAAAAAGCGAAAGUGCACCUGGUGGACCUGGCAGGGUCCGAGCGCGUCUACAAAUGUUCGAUAACCGGCACCAUUCUAACCGAGGCGAAGCACAUUAACCUGAGCCUACAUUACCUCGAACAAGUCAUAGUCUGUCUGGGUCAGGAGAACGCGGGUCACAUUCCUUACAGGAAUUCGCUACUGACGUCGAUUCUGAGGGACAGUUUGGGAGGCAACUGUAUGACAGUGAUGCUGGCCACUAUAAGCGUGGUGACGUACAAUUUAGAGGAGACAAUAUCCACUUGCAGAUUCGCGGAGCGCGUGGCGCUGAUAAAGAACGAUUUGAAACGGAACCUGGAGACGGACGUUCAAUGCGAGAACGCGUUGCUGAGAGCGGAGAACGAGAGGCUCAGGCAACAGAUCAAAGCUCUGACUAGGCAGACCGUGUGCGACGAACUCACGGCUGACGACAAGAGAAAUCUUGACCGGCAGAUCAGACAUUUUUUAGAAUCGAACGAGGAGAUCGGUUGGGAUUAUAAUCCGAUGAAAAUUCGGUAUUGUUUUGAAAGUUUUAAGAGGGCUGCCGAGUUGAAUACGGAUACGAAGAGAUGUUUGAAGAAAAUUGAGUAUUAUAAGGAUUUGGUGGUUCAGAAGGACAAGGAAAUUUCUUUAUUAAUUAGCAUGAUGAAGAAGGGGAAAUCUACUGACGCGAGUGAUAAGUCUACGGUCAAUAAUUUCCUAGAUGAUAAGCAAGAUUUGAUAUCUAAUCGUAUUCCUUUAAAAAAGCUCAGACGUAGAUUGAAAGUCUGUAAUGAGAACAAAAUUACGUGCGAUGAAAAUAUUCAGAAUAACGUCGAGGAGAAAGAAGAAAAAGGUUCGAGUAGAAAAAUCUGUACUGAUCAGACGUCGAGGUACAAAUCUAUUUACACUGAAACGUCGAGACCAGACUUGUUGCCUUGCAACGUCAUUAAUCUAACAUUAAACGACACCACUGAGAAUAGAAAUCAAAUUGAAGUCAAUCAAUCUGCUCGGAAAUCUGAAAGUAAAUCGAAGAAGAAACAUAAUCGAGAAUUAAAAAUUGAACACAACGACGAACAGAUAAAAAAUGUAAAAACUGAGACUAAAAAUUCCACAUCGCUUUAUAAAAAAUUCUUAAAUUCAAAGAUCGAACAGGAUGACAGUAAAAAUUUUGUUAGAACGAGAACGGAAAUUGACGAGUCGACGACAACCUGUCAAAAAUUCAGCACGAGAACUGAUCAGGAAAAUAGAAGUUUCGUUAAAAUAAAAAAUGAAACGAUCAAACCUUCAUUGAUAGAAACCAGUGAUUCGAUGCCAGUUUCUCAAAGAAGCUUAAAGUCAAAAAUGGACCAAAAUGAUUCUAUUAAAUCGAGUGGCAGAAUAGAAGCUGAUAUCUCGGAAAAAGUCUCGACUCCGUAUCAAAAAUUCAGAACAAGAACUGAUCAGGAAAACAAAAGUUUCGUUAAAAUAAAAAAUGAAACGAUCAAACCUUCAUUGAUAGAAACCAGUGAUUCGAUGCCAGUUUCUCAAAGAAGUUUAAAAUCAAGAAUGGACCAAAAUGAUUUUGUUAAAUUGAGAGCAGAAGCUGAAAUCGAGGAAAGAGACUCAACUCCGACGUAUCAGAAAUUCUUAACUUUCAACGUCCCGAAUAAACCAGUUGCACCUGAGGAGUAUACGGAAAUGAAGAAGGAACAAGUGAAUUAUUUAAACGAAACGCAGAAUUUCGGUGACGGUAAUAGAAGUUUGGAAGACUCGUUGCCUCUGACCGGAGAUCCAGAGAUCGACGAAGAAAUUAUAGCUUUUUACAAAGCGAAACGUACAGGUGGAAGUUAUUAUUAAGUAAACAGUGUGAAUAAAAAUGCGGAUACAGUAUUAUUUAGAAUUAUCAAACAAUUUCUAGUACUAAAAUAAAUUUUAA